UUGUCCCUCAGCGGACCCCGUCGAGACGAUGUAAACAUAGCCAGUGCGGUCUAGGUGUUCUUGAUUGUGUUUUAAACAUAUGAAAUGUCUGCUUUGCGGAGGGUUAAAACAUGGGAAAUCUCUGAAUCCGAGGAAAGCGACGCUGAGACAAAACGCGACGAGAGUGGUAAAAUAGUAGCGAUCAGCACGGCGGAGGAUCAGAGUUCAGACCCCGGGUGCAAAACCCUCUCAUCGCCGUCACCCGCAGUAAACACGGAGAGCAGACACACGUGUGCUUUGUCUCCCCCGCGACCCGAUGGACGAGGCACGCCGAGCCCUGCAAGAAAACGCCGCACCAAGGAGAAGAUAGAGGCGGACAGACAGGCAGUCGGGAAGAGGAAGGAGGCGAGAGAGAGGCAGAGAGCAACGAGAGCCCAGGAGAAGGAGGAGAGGAGACACGCGCAGCAGAGGAGGAAGGAGGCUGCGGAGGAUUUGAAGCGUCUCCGCCCAGAGAACUGCCUGAAGUGUCUGACUGUCUGCGUAGAUGCAGCCCUUCUGCAACAGGAUGGCUCAGACAUAUUGCUGGGCACCCUGGCUACCUUUGAGUGGAGGUUUACUAUUGAUUGCCAGCCACUUCCACGCAGCAUCACCUGGAUCAGAGAUUUACCUCAGGGGGAAGAUGGAUCGGUGGAAGAGGAGCAAGUGGCUCUGGUGCUGGGUCUCAAUGACUUUGUGGACAUGGUGAUCUCUGUGAAGAAAAUGCUAGGCAGUGAGGGGGAGGAGACAGGGAUGGGGUCUUUCCUCGGUCCAAUUUUGGAGUGUCUCAACCGGGAUGCCAAGAAGGUGGUCACUCUCUUAGUGACAGACUCUCAGCUAGAAAAUUACAGGUCAGAUGCUUGUGGUGUGCAUUCACUAGAUGCGAUGCUCCAGUCACAAUCAGGGUUGGAGAACCUGGACAUCAAGGAGGUUCUUGUGUACCUGCAGCUCUGCAAGAAUAUCACCCUCGUCUUCCUGGACGGCUGGCAGGAGGUCACUAACCAUGUGUGUGCCGUCACCAAAGCCUUAUCAAAGCGCCCUUUCAAACUGCUGACAGAGCGGGCAGAGCUGCCCUUCUGUGUGGACGGUUCAUGGGCCAGCGGGGUUCGGGUGGAGAGGGACGGCUCGGGGCUGAUCCAGGUCUGGAGCAGGCAGAUCCAGCAGCUGAACAGAGUUAGUCCUGCUGUGGCCUCCACUGUGACUGCAGCCUACCCGUCCCCGCAGCUGCUGCUGCAGGCGUACCAGCGCUUGGAGUCAGAGGAUAACAGAAAGGGGCUUUUAGCUGGUCUCUUAGUGAUAAGUGGCGGUAAAGAGAGACGAGUGGGACCGGAGAUAUCAGCUCGAGUUUACCGCUGCUUCACGGCACACAACCCGCAGCUGGUCCUAGACUGAUCUGUCCACUUGAGAACCGGAUCACACUUUGUCACCACUAGGCUGCUAAUGUGUUAAUGCUUUUGUUUACAAGCUAAAAAUAGGCCUUAUUUAUCAUGUCCACUAUGUCCGCUAUUUAUACUCAUCUGAACUUCAACAGAUUUGAGGAAUAGAAUAUGUUUAGUAAAAUAACGAAUUAUAUGAUGUGUACUACCGUGAUACAAUAUUUUGUUUGCUGAACAAAUGUACAAAUGCGAGAUGUGUGUUGUUAGAGGAACCUUGAUAAACUAAAUGUCUGUGUUAACCUGUAAAAUAGCCUAUAAAAUGAGCUGCAACAUAA